UACAAAAGGCGGUCCAGGGUCAGGAUGGCGUGCUCCAACCUCUUCCGCCGUUUGAACUCCUCCCUGAGCCAGGCUUUCUGCCUGGCCCUGAAGAUGCAGCAGGACCAGCGCUGUUCCAUGGCCACACUCAACCAGAUGCACCGCCAUGGCCGUCCCAAGUGGCCCCCAGCCAGCCCUGGCCCCAUGAACGGCUGUCCCCAGCUCAAGGCCGUGGUGCUGAAGACCAUGAUUCGCAAACCCAAGAAGCCCAACUCCGCCAACCGCAAGUGCUGCUGUGUUCGUCUGAGCACAGGCCGAGAAGCCAUCUGCUUCAUCCCUGGCGAGGGCCACAGCCUACAGGAACACCACGUGGUCAUGGUGCAUGGAGGCUGCACCCAGGACCUGCCGGGCAUCAAGCUCAAGGUCCUGCGGGGCAAGUACGACUGUGGCCACGUGCAGAAGAAGAAGAAGUGAUAGGGAGGAAGGCCUGUGGCCAUGCUUAGGGGCAGCUGGCACGGAUGGACCGACAUGGUGGGAGGCCCAGGCUACAAAUAGGCAAAUAACACCAUCAUGAUGACCCUUUAAAAAAAAAAA